CAGGACCCUCCCCCCGGCACUAACCUGGUUGUAGUUUCCCUGUGAGCAACAGCGGGGGCGACGUGAAGGAGUGUCGGUGCUUGUGAGGGACUUUCUCCUCCACCUCCGUCCACCGGCUGUCUCUGCUCCUUCCCCUCACCAGCUGAGAGACAACACGGCAGCAGACAUGCGUUUUGCGGGUCUCGCUUCAACGGCGCUUUUGGCUGCCUUGGUGGCUCUCGCCAGCGUUUGCUCCGCGGGUUCGGAUGCCCCGCGGGGAGUCGCCGUCGGGUUCGUUUUUGACCCCAAAGCGAAGUGCGAGCCGCCGUGCGAACACGCAGGAGUCUGCAUCCGCAACAACACAUGCUUCUGCUCCAAGGGCUACGAGGGAGAGACCUGCCAGUAUGCCAACUGCUAUCCCAAAUGUAAGAAUGGAGGAGAGUGUCUUCGCCCUGGAAAGUGCAGAUGUCCUCCUGGAUUCGGAGGACGAUACUGCCACAGAGUGACGUGUGACGGGGGAUGUUGGAACGGAGGGGAAUGCAUCGCCGUCAACGGAGUGGCCAAGUGUAUAUGCCCCUCGAGCUGGACCGGCUCCAAAUGCCAAGAGGCGAUCUGUCCGCAGGGCUGCAGGAACGGGGGGAUCUGCGUGGCUCCAGGAAUCUGCAGCUGUCCAGAAGGUUGGCUGGGUGGCGCCUGCCAUACUGCUGUGUGCACCCAGCCCUGUCUGAACGGAGGGAAGUGUAUUUCACCUGACAAAUGUCGCUGUCGCCCCCCUUUCUCCGGCCCUCGCUGUCAGGACAGGAAGAAGUCCCACUAGUGUGACCCUGCUGGGGUCAGAGGUCAAUGAGGCCCAAUAAAGGACUUUAUGCUGAUGAAGACAAAUGAUUUUUUAUUUUAGCUGAAAGUUUGGUAGUUUUUACUUUUUUUUUUACCAUAUUAAUUGUAAUUCUUCCUGAAGACACGUUGAACCUGUUUGACUGUAUAAACAUGCUGUGUACUGUACUGCCAUACUGUGAUCAGUGUCAUUGGAUGAAUAAAGGGGUGAGUUGCAUGCACUAUCAAAGCUCAUUUAACAAAUCAAAA